AUGGAACCCUUUGAGGCCGGUACACCAAGGGAUGAUGUGAGCAGCAUCGUGUCCUUCGAGCUCGUCGAUACCGCUCCAACUGCAAAAGACGUUUCGACAGCUUCGACUAUCGCUGUAAGCGAAUCCGAUGCGGAUCAGGAGUCUCCAUAUCCUCUGUCAACCAGCUUUGACCCUACGACACGGACAAAGUUACGCGAAUGGAGAGAUAUUUUGAGAUUAUACCUCUCUUAUGGGAGGGCAGUCUUGACCGAUACAUGGUGGCCCGAACUGUUGGCUCUUACCUUCAGCUUUUCUUGCUUGGUCGAAAUAAUCAUGACCCUCAAAUACUUCAAUGGUUUUCCGCUCUCUCAGUUGCCCUGGGGCCUGACAUUGAACACGAUACUUUCCGGCCUCGCUGCAGCUUCGAAAUCCUCCCUGGUCUUUGCUGUCGCUGGGACAAUGAGCCAGUGCAAAUGGUGCUGGCUCAAAUCUGGUCCAGCGCGCCGGAGACGGCUUGCACAUCUACAGGACGUCGACGAAGCAAGCCGUGGUCCUCUUGGUUCACUCAUCUUGCUACUUGGUAACACUAUGGCAUCUCUCUGUUAUAUUGGUGCCAUCAUUAUCAUUCUUGGGCUGGUCUAUGAGCCCUUCAUUCAGCAGAUUGUCAGCUUUCCCGUGCAGCAGACCAACGUGACUUCUUCAGAUGCGACAGUGGACCAAGUAAUCGCCCUGGAUUCUCAGAGCUUCUCUGAAUCUCUGAGGGGCUUCGCAGUUGGCGGUAUCUAUGGCAAUCCUUUUGUCGACCGUGCGCCGUCCUGCUCUACAGGCAAUUGUACCUGGGAACCAUUCUGGUCAGUUGGCUGGUGCGCAAAAUGCGAGCAAAUGCAGCUUCGAUCUCAGUUAUGCAACUUCACCCCGCAACAAAUCGUGACACAGGGUGCAAAUCUGACCAAAACCUGUGACUUUUACUUUCCUGAAGGCUAUGCAUUGCAGGCGACCUUCGACGCCACCACCGGCGUGGGCUCGGAAUGUUCCGCGGACGACCAAUUCUCUAUGUCUUUGAAUUACACUCCUAUCUGGCCGCUGUCAGCUGGGGAGUAUAACCAGACUAACGUACCUGUUAUCACUGGAUAUUUUUCAAGUUCCUCAGAGUUUCUUGGAGAGAUCAACCCGCUCCUCGCUCUAGGUUAUGUGGAACCACUGGCCUCGAAGGCAGAUAACAAGACAUCACUACCAGAGACUAUGUCACAGGCUGGUCAGGCUGCACCGGCUACAAUGUGCAUCCUGACUCCAUGUGCCAGAAGGUAUAAUGUGUCCGUUGUGAACGGAAGCACAAUCAACCAAAUACUCGAGGUCAACUACGGUUCAAUAACUACAGAUGAAGCGGAAUCCGGCUACCUCUGUUGGCAGCCGCACACGACGGGAGUCUUGGAUGAUAUUUCACCAGACGCCACUACUUCCGUCUCCCUACAAGCUCUCUCAUUUUGUUUUAUACAACAAUGGAUCCAGGAUAUACUCUCCUUGCUCCACGGCGUCUUCAGCGCUACCUGGGCACCGCACUCAGAGACAUGCUUUUAUCCAACCUCUGGGACCGGCAACUUCAUCCUUGACGAUGUUCUGCUCCAGCAACACAGUGAUCCGACUGUGUUCAUACCGAACAUCGCCAAGGCUCUGACAUACCUCAGUAGUCAGAACACGACUGACCUCACUGGCAGGCCUCUUUCGGGCACCAUCUUCACGGACAAAACGUUUGUCGCCGUUCGCUGGAUCUGGCUCUCUCUGCCUUUAGGUCUGAAUGUUUUGGGGCUCGUGUUUCUCCUCGUGACUGCAAUCUACACCAGAAGGAACAAGGUGCCGUUGUGGAAAUCCUCGGCCUUUGCACUCCUAUACCAUGGCCUCGAAGCCGGUUUACUGGACGACGAGAAAGUGUAUGAGACCACCAGCGACAUGGAAAAAGCCGCGAGCACGACGGAAGUCUCGCUGAGGUCAGAUGGUCUGGGCCGGAAACGAUUGCUCUUGCGUUCUGACGAUUGA